CUAAAAUGUGUUAUCGUCACUAAGUGACUGAUAACACUUUUAUUUCACUGAGUGAUAUUUUAAGAUAUUUCACUAAAUGUUAUAUAAUAAAAGGAUCUAUAAUUUGUGAAAAUUUCAAGAAUGUGUAAUGACUUUCAAAUUUUUACCGAAUGCAUCUGAGUGUGUUAGAAGAAAAUCUUGUGAUUAAAAAAUUGUACCUUUUACUAAAUAUGGAUUUCAAAUGAAAUUACGGUAAAAAAAAAAAAAAAAAAAAAAAAAAAAAGGAAACAAAAAGAGUUAUAUUUAUUGUGUACGAAGCCAAAACAAGGGUGCGAAAAGUGAUUGUUGUUGACCUUAGGACAAAAGAUAUGCAAGUUUGUAUGGGCUGCCAUUUUACGUUUUUAUGGAAUACUCUUCAAGAGAUCGAUAUGACGUAAUCUAAAAAAUGUCAUAACAUGCGUUACGGUAAUACGCAAUCGUCAUGACGUCAGAUUAUUUACGUCACAUACUUCAGAGGCUUCUGCCCUUCCUGAAUAAUAUUCCAUAAAAAAGCAAAAUGGCAGACGGUGACACAUUGCAUGUGUUUUGUCCUAGGAGAUCUUAAGGAAGUCGAUAUAGAUGAUAUGGUUCCAGUCUAAUAUGUGGAAUACAUGUCAUUGUAAUGCUUUGUUUUCACGAAUUAUGUUUGCACAAAAUGUGGUGGAAAUCUAAUGGUAAAUAACGGUAGGAGAGCAAAUUAUCGUUGUUGCUAACAAUCAUGCAAUGUAGUUCGAACUUUAGUAUUAGUAACAAAAGUGAUAAUUAAAAAGAGGAGCACUCGAUACUGACAGGCCUCUUGUCAAAGAAUCUUCUUUUUUUCAGCAGUUCGCGAAAGGAACUCUGAGACUGAAAUGGCAUUUCCGUUGAAAAGGUUUAUCCGUUUCAGUACCAGAUCCAUUGACAACGGCUAACAUUAAUGUGUUAGUGUAGUAAUUUGUGUAGUAAAACUAUUAAAUCGUUGUUCUUGUAAUUGGUAUUAUAAAUCUCUUAAAACGUUUUUGUACCUUACUAACUACAGUUAUGGCAGAUUUAUUCAGUGAACCCAACGUUAAAAGUGACAUUGUUCUGAUUGUGGAAGACAAACGUAUGUACGUCAGUAAAACGAUUCUUUCCCUGGCGUCACCCGUUUUCGAGGACAUGUUUGAGUCGGACUUAAAGGAAAUACACGAUACAGAAAUCCCACUUCCAGGAAAGAAGUACGACGAUUUUCUCGAGUUCUUGCUUUGUUUUUACCCCCAUUCAAUGAAACCAGUUACCUUCGACAACGUGGAUACUGUACUACCUUUGGCUGACGAGUUCCAAGUUGAGUACAUAAAAAGAAAAUCAGAAGAGACACUCUUACGUUCUGUGGAAGAGAUGGCUUUGAGUGACAAAGAACUGGUACAUAUUCUUUUGAUGGCUGACAAGUAUGGACUUUCGAAAGCUCGUGCAGUGGCUAUUAACAAUGUCGUAAUGUGCACACACGAAACAUUGGCUAAGGACGAUGGAUUUGCAGUUCUGAGAGCCACUUUAAAAGUUGAUAUAUUGUUGGAACAAAAUUCGAAAUUACUUAAAGAGAUAAAUUCUCUUCAAACUGAGAUUGCAACUUUACACAAAAUGCCGUUAGUGGAGUGUAAAAUAUUUCACCAUGUCGGAGAGUGUCGUAAAUGUAGAACCUGUGCAUCGUGUGUAGGUGAGAUGCUCCGUACAAGAACAGGUGCAUUUGGUACAAAUGCAUCUACCAGCAGUGUUGGAUUGUUUGGACAGAGUCCGACUGCACAGACAGGUGGACUGUUUGAUGCUAGCAAGCCUCUGUUUGGGAACACAGCGACCAGCACAGGAACAGACGUUGGUUUUGGAACGAGCACAAACCAAACAAGUUCACUCUGUGGACAGAGUCAAACGGGUUUGUUUGCAAAUAAACCGGUUGUCUUUGGCGACAUCACAACAACUUCAUCACCAGAGUUUGGGUUUGGUACAGCAAGACGUGUGUUUGUCAAGUCGAUGUCAUCAGCAUCAAGGUUUGGUUUUGGAACUGCAAGUUCAACUCCAGCAUUUGGAACACAGUCUGUUUCAUUAUUUGGUGCCAAGCUUACUAGGUUUGGAACAGCAUCAACAAGUUUGUCCGCUGGAGAUGGGACAUUCAAUCUGACUUCUAGUGGCACGGGAUUGUUUGGGGCACCAGCAGGCAAACCAUAUGGCUUUACUUUUGGAAGAACCAGUUUGACUGCUCCUGGUUUUGGCAUCGCAACAUCUGCUGCCGCCACUGGUGGACUCUUCAGCCAGACUCCAACUCGGGCUACUGUGUUUGGCCAGUCUCGACCAGGUGUAUAAACAGUUGAUUACACACAUUUUGUCUACACUACCUGUCUUAAAAUAAUAAUAAUAUCUUCAAAAGAUCAA